AUGCCUUCACGAGAAGAGGCCGACGCUCUCUUGGAACGUUAUUUCCGGUUUGCGACACCGACCUAUCGCUUCUUACACCGGCCGACGCUCGAGAAGUGGACAUCCGACCUAUUGACUGGGGACCGCCUGUCGUCGGCAGAGGCAGCUUGUACACUCAUAGUCUUCUCGCAGGCGCUCCUGUACACGAGAGACAACGACCGGUACGUCGAUGGCGGCGACCCCGACCCGCAUCGAAGCCAGUUCUAUUUCGAGAAAGCCAAGUCUUUGCUCAAUCAAGAACCUGGCCCGGCGUCCCUCGCGAGCGUCCAGUCCAGACUAGCUUUGUGCCUGUACCUUCUCAGCACGUUCCGCAUAAACGAGUGCCGAUACGUGUUCAGUCUUGCCUGCACGAUCUUGACCUCGCUCGGUCUGCACAGGAGGUCCUCCGCGGCUUCCAGCAAACUCGACCUCGUGGCGCUCGAGUCGCGCAAGCGGACGUUCUGGUGCGCCUAUGUCCUGGAUGACUAUCUCAGCGUGAUGCUCGGCCGGCCCAGAAUGCUUCGCGACGAGGACAUUGACCAGCCCUACCCGCGCAACAUCGACGACCAAGACCUGCUGUCCUCGGAAUCACCCGACGACCUACCCCUGCACGGCAACCUGGAAGCCUUCAUCGCGCACGCCGACCUCGCCAAGCUCAUGGGCCGUAACAGCGAUCUUCUCUACCCGCUGCAUCCCCUGACGGAGGACCAACUAUUCGACCGGACCAACGAAAUGCUCGACUCACUCACCCAGUGGCGAGACAGGCUCCCAGACUUCCUCAAACCCCGGGACAAGACUCUCGUCGGCCACCGCACGUUCGAACGCCAAAACACCGUCCUCAAGCUGGCGUACGCGCAUCUGCGCAUCCUCGUCACGCGUCAGUGCCUGCUCGCCGACUUCAGCCGUCUAGGCCGCACCACGCCCUCCCCUGCUCCCUUCAUCCUCGACGACCGGGCGUUGAAACCCGUACAAGAAUGCGUCGCGGCCAUCACCACGAUAUUGAAUGCCACCCACGACCUAGUCCAGCGGAACGCCCUGUACCAGGCCUUCUGGUUCACGCAGUACAUUGCGUUGGUCGCCAUCUCGACCCUCUACGUCUACGUGAUACAGAGCAGCCGCGCCAAUCUCCCGGCAGGGAUCUUUCCCGGGGUGGACGCAAUGUUCGACAAAGCAAGACUUUGCCAGGAUUAUCUCGCAAAUUUGGCGCCAGAGGGCAGUCAGGCACGCCGCCAUUGUCGUCUCCUAGCCCGCCUGCGCCGGAGGGCCGAGAAGGAUGCCGCGCGGGCGAGAAGGACCGAAACCGGCGCGGGUGCGGGUGCGAUUGUAGGUGCUACGGUUGCAGUUGAUUCUGGCUCUGGACCACAUGCAUCAUCAUCAUCAGCCCGUGCAAAAGUGCCGGCCGCACCCGAGGGCGCGACGAGUAGCAGACCAGUCGUGCCGGAGGCACGAGAGUCUGAACGGGACAUCAACCCGGACAGGGAUACAUGUGCCUCGGUCCACCAGGACGGUAGUACCGCCGGUGCCAGUGUGGGUGGUAACCUACUAGACGGACUCGAGACUGCGAGGCUUGAUCUUGAUGCCAACAAGGGGACCACGGGGCAGUUCACGCCUUCGGAGGAUGAUUUCAUGUUUCAGAGUCUUCUGGGCUGGGGCUGGGAGACCUUGGACACGGUUGGGUUCCCGGCAGAAGGGGAUGUGUUCAAGUUAGUAUCUUCAUGA